AUGCUACCGAUGUCCGGCAGCGCCGUUUGGAUGGGCGGAGACGAAGAUGACGCGGCGUCUUGGACCAGAAGCAGCAGCAACAACAACAACAACAAUAAUAACGAGGGAGAGCCCAAAAACGAGCAACAGUCGAGCUUGGGUGCUUCUUUUUCCAACUUCAAAUCGAUGUUGGAAGGUGACUGGUACAUGAACAAUGUUCUCAACCCAACUCAUCACCAAGACCUCCAUUCCCUCCCUAACCACCGCCAGCCAGAUAUCAGAGACAUUGCCUGCUUCUCUGAAAACACACUUAUCCUGCAACCAAUGGACUCCUCCGCUUCCUGUUCUCCCUCUCAGGUCUUCUCUCUCGACCCUUCACCGCCACAACACUUGUUCCCCACCAAAUCCUGCUUCUCUUCUCUCCUCAACGUCAUCUCCACCAACCCUUUUGACAAUGGCUUCGAUUUGGGCUGCGACAGUGGCUUUCUCAGCUCCUUCCAGGGAAAUCAACCUUCCAAUUCCUCUGCUUUGAUGGGUUUCACGGCCUUCAAUUCUCAGUCUCAGAUAGGUACUCCCGAACUGAGUUCGAGCGCCGAGUUCCCAACCACUCGGUUGCUGCCAGCGCCCAACAACGACACUGAGCUCGAUGGCGACUUUAGCCUUACUAGCUUCCAUGGCUUCGAUGGCUCUGGGGGUGGUCAGCUACUCAACAGGGCUAAGCCACUGAGACCCCUUCACGUAUUCCCUCCCGUGGGUGCUCAUCCCACUCUCUUUCAGAAGCGAGCGGCGCUUCGUCAAAACUCCGGCGGUGACGGGACCGAUAAAUUGGGGAAUUUGGAGAUUUCGGGGCCCAGAUACGGAGGAGUUUUGGAAAGUUUGGAGAGGAAGAGGAAGAAGAACGUGGAGGGUGAAAUGGAGGAAGGGAGUAUGGAUGUGUCUGGUUUGAAUUAUGACUCGGAUGAGUUUAAUGAGUAUAGUCAAGUGGAGGAGAAUGUGAAGAAUGUGAAGAAUGCUGGAAGCAAUUCUAACGCCAACAGCACAGUCACUGGUAUUGACGGAGACCGCAAGGGCAAGAAGAAGGGUUUACCGGCGAAAAAUCUGAUGGCGGAGAGGCGGCGGAGGAAGAAGCUCAAUGAUAGGCUCUACAUGCUUAGGUCUGUUGUACCCAAGAUAAGCAAGAUGGAUAGGGCGUCCAUAUUAGGGGAUGCAAUUGAUUAUUUGAAAGAGCUUCUACAAAGGAUUAAUGACCUCCAUAACGAGCUGGAGUCUGCCCCACCUGGUUCCUUGUUGCCACCUUCAUCAUGCUUUCAACCAUUGACACCCACUCCACCCACCCUUCCCUGCCGUGUCAAAGAAGAGCUCAGCCCAAGCUCCUUUCCAAGCCCCAAAGGUCAAUCUGCAAAGGUGGAGGUUCGGGUAAGGGAAGGAAGAACUGUUAAUAUCCAUAUGUUUUGUGCCCGUAGACCAGGGCUCUUGCUCUCUGCUAUGAGGGCCUUGGACGACCUUGGUUUGGACAUCCAGCAGGCGGUGAUCAGCUGCUUCAAUGGGUUUGCUUUGGAUGUGUUCCGUGCUGAGAUUGUCAUGACCCGUGAAGAUCUAAUCCAGUCAUUUCCUAGAUGCAAGAAAGGCUUCCUCCUUUGGACUAUCCCUGUUAUCAUGAAAAUGGAUGGGGGCAUUUGGAUGCCUUGGAAUGAAAUCUUAUGUAAUUCUUCCAUGGCAAUAUGA